GAAGUAAGACACCAGGACCAGCUUUCGGGGUGACCAGCGCGGGCGCUUCUCCCCCCUCUCUCUUGGAGGGAAUGUUCUUGCAGAGUCGCAGGAUGAUUUUGCGCGGCUGCUUCUUGGCUUGCUAGCGGUUUAUUGUCUUUCUCUCUCUGGAGAGUGUGAUUGAGGUAUAUUCUUAAAAAUAAAGUCAUCCAAGAGACACGGGAUCGUCCAGAGAUGCUUUCUUGUUUUCAUGGCAUGCGUACAUGGGUUACAACUUGACUACUUUUUAACUGGCAGCUCUCUGCUUUAUUUCAGUGUGUUUUCUGAAAACAUUGGCUCUCAAAGGGUCCAGAAAGGAGAUGUAAAUCCACUCAACACAUGCCGAGUUGCUGGCUCAGCUUGAAAGCGUUUUCAUGAGUUAACACUAGGCCCAGAUCCACCCUUCAGUCCCUGCAGCCAAGCAAUCUGCCGCUGAGAAAUGGGCCAAAAAAUCUCAGGGAGCAUAAAGUCUGUCGAUGUGCGGGAGCCCCCUUACAGACCCGUCAAGCGAGAACUGAGAGGGCCAGAUUUCUGCAAGCCUGCACGACUAGAUAUGUUGCUGGAUAUGCCCCCGGCCCAGUUGGAGGUCCAGUACAAAAACGCUUGGAACAAUGAAGAUCGAUCCUUAAAUAUAUUUGUGAAGGAAGAUGACAAGCUAACCUUUCAUAGACAUCCCGUUGCCCAAAGUACAGACUGUAUCCGGGGCAAAGUUGGCUAUACAAGGGGCCUGCAUGUUUGGCAGAUUCACUGGCCCACCAGGCAGCGAGGAACACACGCCGUGGUUGGAGUGUCAACAGCAGAAGCUCCUUUGCAUUCUGUUGGAUAUACAUCGUUGGUUGGUAGCAAUACUGAAUCAUGGGGCUGGGACCUUGGACGUAACAAACUUUAUCAUAACUGUAAAAAUCAACCCGGACUGACAUAUCCUGUGUUUUUGGAACCAGAUGAGGCUUUUGUACUCCCAGACUCCUUACUGGUGGUUUUGGAUAUGGAUGAAGGGACGCUUAGCUUCAUCGUGGAUGGACAGUACCUUGGAGUGGCCUUCAGGGGACUAAAAGGGAAAAAACUCUAUCCUAUAGUCAGUGCAGUAUGGGGGCACUGUGAAAUUACAAUGAGAUACAUCAACGGACUUGAUCCGGAACCCCUGCCUUUAAUGGACCUGUGUCGAAGAUCAAUUCGCUUCGCUCUAGGCAGAGAACGCCUGCAUGAUAUAGAAACUCUACCUUUGCCUCAGUCUCUGAAAAAUUAUUUACAAUAUCAAUAAUAUGAUUCUAGAUCUCUAAAUGGUAGAAAUUGUUUACAUCAGAAUAUAAUUCUUCAUGGUGGAUAUUUUGAGUGUUAUUUAAUUUUAUUUUUUACAUUUUUUAAUCAACCAUGGCAGAACAUUAUGGAGACUACUAAGGACUGUGAAAUCUAUUUGAAUUGGUUUAGAUCUUUCAUUUAAAUAAAUGUUGCCUACACUGUUAGCAGCCUUGUUAUGCAUAAUCCAAAGCUUGCCUUCACAGGUUAGAUCCAAAGUUGAGAUAUAUGUUGCCCUAGGUCUGAUUUUGGGUAUGCAUCAGAUGAAGAUAUAACUCUCAGAAUCAGUUCUUACACAAGAAAAACAUCACGUACAAGUUUCUCUUGACCGGUAAAGGAAAUAACCACUGUUUGGAAGUUUCUCAAAAGUCGGAAUCCUAACUCCACAUGGAGAUUUAAUUGGUAGAUAUACAAAGUAACUUUAAGCCCUGUUGACAUUUGCUUUGGCCCAAGGCUUCUUAUGCAUAAGAGCUCCUUGUUCUCUGAUGAAGGGAACUGUGCCAGUGUGCACACCAGUUUUUCAUGUGCACUAUAGAAGGAUAUAGGAAACCCUUGUGCACAUGAAGUGGAGCUGCAUUGGAACAGCUAAACUGUGGCCUUUACUUUUAGAUGAUUUUUAGCAAAUCAUAUUCCUGAAACAGUAUACAACCUGUCAUAUUUUACAUUAGUCUAUGAAACAGCUGUGUCUUUAUUUCAAAGGUAGUUGAUCUUUUCUGAUCCACUUCAGCUCAGUCUGCAGACCCGUUAAGCUGGCGUACUUGAUCUUAAGCUGGUUUGUUUGUGUGUGUGUUUUGUCUUAUUGCUUCAGUGGGAUGGAAUUUGCUCGAAUCAGUGUUCUCUAGCUUAACUUGAUGCUGCUCGGGCUACAUACCAAUUCUGUUGAGUGUUUCAUUUUUUCUCUCAAAUGAUGUCAUUUUAAGAUGUUGAACAUUUUUUUAAAAUUGUAUCUCAUGAAUUCCCAAUGCUGGAUAUUCUUUUAAUGUGUAUGCAACAGAAUGAGGGUUCACACAAACUUCUUCGUGCUUUCAGAAAACAGACAGAGAGGUUCUUGAGGCCUACUAGACUUACCACUGCCAUCUCCUAGCCCAGUGAACUUUCAGUGGACAAUCAUGAGAAAAUGUUGUCUGCAUGAACCUCUAUACAUGUGGAGAAGUCAUUCAUGAAUGACUACAGAAGAUUCAUGAAGGGACUGGGUAGAAGGCAGCAUGCAGUUCCAAGUAGUCAAUGAGGCUAGCCAAUGCUGCCCUCUUGCCAUUCUCUGAAUGUGGAAAGGGAAUUGUGUGUACCCUCUGAAAGUGUUUUGCUUUUCUAUUCAAACUCAGCAGAGAGUAUCACAUUUUUAAGUUUCCUUUCUCUGGAAGAAGAUGACUUUUUGUUCUCUCUAUUGCUUACAAUAUGUAUCCAUCCAUCCAUCCAGAUCAACUUAUUUUUAAAGACACUGCUUUCUCUUUGCAUUUCCUCUUAUGUUCAGAGUUCUCUGCCUGAUCAGUUAUCUAGUUUUUAACUGGAAGUUGUUGUAAUGGCAGGAUGUCGAAUGUUUAGACUGAGCUGCCCUCAGCAUAUUUUAAUGUGAAUUUACUGAAGAAGGAAGAAGACAUUUCUAAUAAAGUCUACUGUCCAAAGUA